AUGUCAAACAAAUUUGUUGCUUUGUUGUUGGUAGUGUGCCUUGUGACUGUUCAAGGUCAGCAUAUUUCCGUUAAAUAUGGUGAAAAAGUAGUGCCUCCAGAAGAGUGCUUCCGUUAUUGUUUCGCUGCAAGUGCAUAUCCCGGAUUCCUUAGUCAAAAAGUGUGUAAAUGGCGUUGUAGUUUCGUCAUGUGGGAAUCUGUUGAUGGUUCUUCCACAAGGAAGCAUGGUCCAGUUGGUACUACUACAGGUUCUCUGGCCCCAGCUUCACACACCCAUAAACAUAAGGAAUAA